UCUUUUGCAAAUUAAUCCCCAGAGUCUUCAACCCUCUCAAAUGUGUCCUUCUUUUGGUCAUUUCGGUUAAAAAAAUAGCCCACGAAAUACAAAUUAGAAACCAAACCCUAGGCCCCACCCUCCACGGAAAUCGUCUUCUUCGUUCGUCUCUCUCCCUCUCAUCUUCGUUCACUUCACGUCUGAAGCGCCACUGGAAUCAUCAUCUUCUUCAUAUCUCUGUGCUUCUUAGUUGUUCUUUUGCCUCUCCCUCUCUCUCUUCAGUGGUGGGUCUGUAGGUGUGUUCUGCUGGAAACCUCACGCUGCCGCUGCCGUAGUUUUCCAUCAAGAGUACAUUGGAGUAGCCAAGGGAGAUGGUGAUUCCUCCUCCAGUUAAGCCAGCAAGAUUAACCCAAUAUCUAAAGCCAUAUGUCUUGAAGAUGCACUUCACAAACAAGUAUGUAAGUGCCCAGGUGGUCUACUCCGAAACGGCCACCGUUGCUUCGGCUGCAAGUUCACAAGAGAAGGCACUGCGGUCGAGCAUGGAGUCGAAAAGUGAUGUGGCUGCUGCUGCAAAGAUUGGGAAAUUGUUGGGAGAGAGGCUCUUGCUUAAGGGAAUCCCAGCUGUUUGUGUGCACUUGAAAAGAGAACAAAAAUAUCAUGGUAAGGUCAAAGCUGUUAUUGAUUCUGUGAGGGAAGCAGGUGUUAAGCUGCUUUGAAUUUUCUAUUUGCUUUAUUUGGGCUCUGCUUGGAAAUAGAUGUCUGGUUUAUUUUUGGCCUUCAUCAAUCACUGCUCGAUAUUAUCUGAGUUUGGAAUGGCAAUCUGAUGAGAUGCGUUAUUGGACUUUU